AUGCACUCUUUCCCCCAUGCCUCUCACCCCAUCCCUCUCACCCCAUCCCUCUCACCCCAUCCCUCUCACCCCAUCCCUCUCGCCCCAUCCCUCUCACCCCAUCCCUCUUUCCCCAUCCCUCUUCCCCCAUCCCUCUCCCCCCAUCCCUCUCCCCCCAUCCCUCUCCCCCCAUCCCUCUCCCCCCAUCCCUCUCCCCCCAUCCCUCUCCCCCCAUCCCUCUCCCCCCAUCCCUCUCACCCCAUCCCUCUUUCCCCAUCCCUCUUCCCCCAUCCCUCUCCCCCCAUCCCUCUCCCCCCAUCCCUCUCCCCCCAUCCCUCUCCCCCCAUCCCUCUCCCCCCAUCCCUCUCCCCCCAUCUCUCUCCCCCCAUCCCUCUCCCCCCAUCCCUCUCCCCCCAACCCUCUCCCCCCAUCCCUCUCCCCCCAUGCCUCCCCCCCAUGCGCUAUCAUCCAGCCAACAUCUGCCAGCGAGCCAAGUGCCCGCCACACUCCAACCCCAGUAGCCUCCCCUCUCCUCUCGAAACCUCCCCACUAGCCUUCCCUGUCCCCUCCUUCUCGCCUUUCCCCGUCCCUCUCUCCUCUCUUCCCUUCCCCUCUUGCCAUCUCCUCCCACCAUGCAUCUCUGUGCCAAUCAUUCAUUCUCACCUUGUCUGUUGCACCUCCCCUCUCCCAAUCCUUCCCCCUUUUCUCCCUUCCCCGCCCCUCUCUCCUCUCUUCCCUUCCCCUGUUGCCAUCUCCUCCCACCAUGCAUCUCUGUGCCAAUCAUUCAUUCUCACCUUGUCUGUUGCACCUCCCCUCUCCCGAUGCUUCCCCCUUCUCUCCCUUCCCCGUCCCUCUCUCCUCUCUUCCCUUCCCCUCUUGCCAUCUCCUCCCACCAUCUGCUAUGCUGGAAAGGCCUUGUCUCCAGCUCCCCUCUCUCUCCUCUCCUCUCCUGUUUCCCCUCAUUUAUCUGCUCCUUGUCUGUUCCAUGCAGCAGAGCCCUCCAGCGCCACGGCUAUGCUGAGUAUUGCUACAGAGACGAGUCCCUUGCAAAACCUCUCUCUCCUCUCCUGUUUCCCAUAUAUCUACUCCUUGUCUGUUCCAUGCAGCAGAGCCCUCCAGCGCCACGGCUAUGCUGAGUAUUGCUACAGAGACGAGUCCCUUGCAAAUCCUCUCUCUCCUCUCCUGUUUCCCAUAUAUCUACUCCUUGUCUGUUCCAUGCAGCAGAGCCCUCCAGCGCCACGGCUAUGCUGA